GACAACACCACAUCCAACCGCCACCUCCUCGAGAACGUCGACCCACCAAACCCCCGACCGCCCAAUUCCUACCACCAUUGCGAUUAUUCCCAUUCUGUCAGUACAGCGACUGGAGUUUUCAAUUCGAAAUGGCCCCGCGCCGCGGAGCGGAAGCUGUGUCUGAGGAGCCAGAACAAGACCUCGUGAGCCUAACCUUCAACGAACCGCUAUCAUGGCGCGCUGGAAAGCCGAUACCCACGGGCGAUCUCUUGAGGAGACUGGAUACUCUAGCAAAUGAGCUGCGGGAAAUGGAUCAGGAGGAGAUAGACAAGGACUCGUUCACCAAGGUCGCGAAGGAGCUUGCGGGGCAGAAUCUCUUGGGACAUAAGGAUAAAGGUGUACGCGCAUUCGCAGCUUGCUGCUUGGUGGAUGUGCUGAAGCUUUGCGCUCCUGAUGCGCCAUUUACACCUACUCAGCUCAAGGAUGUUUUCACGCUCUUCGUUACUUCUAUCCUUCCAGCACUCUCUGACCCGUCCCACGCCUACAAUGCGCAGCACAAGUAUGUCUUGGUUUCACUAGCGGAAGUCAAGAGUAUUGUUCUCCUUUGCGACAUCCAAAACUCCGAUUCCUUGAUCCUCCACCUGUUCAGCUCCUUCUUCGACAUGAUCUCGGGGUCCACGAAAGCGUCAACGGGAGAGUCCAUUGCGAAGGACGUAGAAUACCAUAUGACUCAAAUGCUGGUAACUUUGGUGGAUGAGGCGCAAAGCUUGCCUGCGAAUGUGGUAGAUAUCAUAGUAGCACAGUUCCUACGAGCUGCGACACCAGGAGGCGGCAAGGGGAAGCAGGAGGUGGACGGAAAACAGACGACACUGCUGCCGAAAGAGCUCCCGGAAGCCUACAAUAUGGCCAAAAGCAUUUGCAAUCAUUGUCCAGAGAAGAUGGCUCGUUAUGUUAGUCAAUAUUUCAACGAGGUCAUAUUGGAGGUUUCAACUGGAGCGCCUCCGAAACUCAAUGGACACCGAAGAACUAGUGACGCAGCGGACUCGGAUGACGAAGAUGUGCCUGCUGGACCAACGGAAUCAGAUUUGCAAGAACUUGCCAAGGCGCAUAGACUCUUGCGGGAAUUGUGGAGGGCAUCACCAGCUGUUUUGCAGAAUGUUAUUCCCCAGCUGGAAGCGGAAUUGUCAACAGACAAUGCUCAGUUGAGAACCAUGGCCACCGAAACUCUCGGAGACAUUAUUUCCGGAAUUGGCGCAGCAGGACCACCUCCACCUCCACUCAUGGAUGCAGCUGCUUAUCCUCCAGCGAAGUUGGAAGACUAUUCACAGAAUCCUGUGUCGGACAGCAUUCUUACGACUCCAAUCUCACCCCAAUCAUUUGUCCAAACCCACCCAAGUGUGUACCAGAGCUUUAUGGGCAGAAGAAACGACAAAUCCUCGGCAAUACGAUCUGCUUGGACAACGGCAGUUGGUCGAAUUCUCAUUACUUCCGCUGGAGGUAUUGGUCUGAGUCCACAUGAAGAACAUGCCUUGGUUCAAGGCCUUGGAGAAAAGCUGUGUGAUUCGGACGAGAAGGUCCGUCUUGCGGCAGUCAGAGCCGUGAGCAGAUUCAGCUUCUACGACAUCAUGUCUAAGCUUGCUCCUAAUGGAUCUGUCAAUAAGUCUGGGUCUGUACUCUGUAGUCUUGCUGACCGAGCAAGAGACCGAAAGCACUCUGUUCGGGCCGAGGCCAUGACUGCUCUUGGCAGAAUCUGGGGUGUUGCUGCGGGCGAGAUUGCUCUGGAAAAUGACAGCGUGACAGACGCCUUAGGUGGAAUUCCUACCAAGAUCUUUGAUUCGUUCUAUGUCAAUGAUUUGGAAGUGAAUGUGCUUCUCGACCACGUUAUGUUCGAGCAGCUGAUUCCACUCAGCUACCCACCAGCGAAAAAGGGAAAGGCAGCAAACGGAGACUCGCAGACCCAGAUGAAUGGGGACGGGCCAUUCGAUGCAGACAAGAUCCGUACAGAACGUAUCCUCCUGGUUGUCAAGUCAUUGGAUCAAAAGGCCAAGAAGGCAUUCUACGCUAUGCAAUCUCGGAGGACCACGUAUUCUCAAGUUCUCCAACUCUUUCUCAAGCGAUGCGAGGAGUUCAACGGCGGUGUCGUUGAAGGGGACGCAAAGGAUGUCAAGAACAAACUCGAUACGACUAUUAAGUGGUUUGCAAACCUGCUGCCCGAUCCAAUGAGAACGACACAAGAACUGCACAAGUACGCAAAACUGCAUGACCGAAGAUCCUACCAGCUGCUCCGGUUUGCCAUGGCCCCAGAGAGCGACUUCAACACGGUCUAUAAAGCCAUCAAGGAAUUCCAAAAACGUAUCAACGCUGCACCAAAUGCACCAGCUGGCCUCCUUGAUACUCUCAUCCCAAUUAUCUACCGCUCAGCGUCUCUUGUUUACAAUCGAAGUCAUCAACCAGUCAUUCUACAAUAUGGUCGGACUGAUGAGAAUGGAUUGGCUGCAACAGCACGCAGUGUAAUGAAAGAGAUUUCAGACAAGCACCCCGAAAUUUUCAAGGCUAGCGUCAAGGAACUUUGCAAGUCUUUGGAAGAACAGGCCCCAUCGAAAACACGGGUCAAUGAUGCGGGAAGCGUUGAUACUCUGAAAGCUCUGGCUUCUUUCGCCAAGGAAUCGAAGAAGGAGGGGAAAAGCGAGAUCAAUCCAACUGCAAAGUUUACCCAGACUUUGAUCAAUUUCGCGCUGUACGGAACACCUGCAAAGGUAGCAAAGUACGCCGUCACCAUUCUGCAUUCAAUCGAACCGGCAAGAAAAGAGAUGCACAUGAAAGAUCUGGUUGACAAAGCUCUGGAUAGCUGGACGUAUGGCGAGGAUCACUUCUUGACAAGAAUUGCUGCCGUCUCUCAAUUGCACCUCCUCGAUCCAAAGCUCCUGGAGGAUCUGAAUGACCAGAUCAUCGAUAUCACCACUCAACAAAUCCUCUUGAAGACUCGAACUCCGAAAACAGACGAUGAUCCACAGUGGCAAUCUGAUGAAGAUAUGGACGAGGAAUGCCAGGCGAAAAGCUGGGCCAUUAAAGUUCUGGUCAAUCGCCUUCGAACGACUGAGGACCCUGAAAUCGCGAAGAACAUUGCCGUUCCUGUCUACAAGCUUUUGAACAAAUUGAUUGUCAAGAAGGGAGAGUUAUCAAAACAAAAUGAUACCCCAGCACACCACAGAUCGCGCCUUCGCCUGCUUGCAGCACAACAGAUGUUGAAGCUGUGUAAGAUCAAGAUAUUUGAUGAACUUCUCUCACCUGUGGAAUUUAACCAACUUGCGCUUAUCGCCCAGGACUCUUUGGCGAACGUUCGUUCCGGAUUUGUCGAGAAACUGCAGAAAUACAUUGUGAAGGGCAAGUACCCACCCAGGUUCACAACGAUCAUGUUCAUUACUGCUUUCGAACCAGUCCUUGAUUUCAAGAACUCCAUCAUGACUUGGAUCCGUUCCCGAGUCAAACUGUGUCGCGAUACGAAGAGCACGAUCUUCGAACAGCUGUUUCCCCGACUGCUUCAUCUUCUGGCACAUCAUCCCGACUUCAGCACGGAACCUUCGGAAUUGGCCGACAUUGGCAAAUACAUCAUCUACUACUUGUCCACUGUCGCAUCAGAACCCAGUCUAGCUUUGACAUACAAGUACGCGGAACGUGUCAAGCAAGCGCGAGACCUCGUCCCUGGUGAUGAAGACAAUAUUUACAUACUCAGCGAUCUUGCCCAGACACUGAUCAAGAAAUGGGAAGAAAAGAAGGGCUGGAGCCUGCAGACAUACCCAGGUAAGGUGGGCAUACCUGCUGGACUAUUCGGUGCUCUACCAAGUCAUGCAGUUGCUCAGGAGAUUGCUGAGAAGAAUUACUUGCCUGAGGAUGUGGACAGACUGCUUGAUGGGCUGGUUAGGAAGGCGGAACAGAAGAAGAAACGGAAAUCAGACGACCACGAGGGGCGCCCUGCUAAGAAGGUGAAAACUGAAUCAAAGCCUCGACCAGUCAAAGUUCCAGCUCCAAAGAAAGAGAAAGUGGUUCGUGAGAAGAAGACGCCAAAGCCUAGGAAGUCAAAUGCUGGGGUAUUCAGCACACCAGAUCCUUCAUCAGUCGAUAGGAGGAAGAGUGGCCGUGCUGCUAGUGCACGAAAGAGUUAUGCUGAUCGAGAUGACAGCGAGGAUGAUAAGGAGAUGUGGGAUGGGGUGGCGGAGUGGGAGUACUUGACCAAGGAUGGAUCCGCUGAGCCUCGAAUCGCCCGGCACGAGACCGAUUCUGAGGCAGAAGAUGAAGAUGCGAUGGAAGUGGACGAGGAAGCAGAAGAGGAACCCGAAGAGCCCGAAGAGGAGAAGGAGGCUACUCCAGAACCCGAAGCGGGGGAGGAAGAUUCUCCAGAGCCAGAACCUGAACCUGAGGAAGAAGAAGUCGAACCUACUCCUCCAGCAUCGAACGGCAAACGGACCCUCCCAUCGCGCUCAAGUGGUCGCAAACAAGCAGCCGCUCCUACAUCAUCUGCAGCAGCUACUCCUGUGAAAUCAACAAGGGCAAAAGCAGUCCCCAAAGCCAGAGCGAAACCAAAGGCGAAGAGUCCUGUUGCAGUGAAGGCUGCGGUGAAACCUAAAGGAAAGAUAACUGCGCCGGCUGCGAAAGGAAAGAAAGCUGGGAAAGGAAAGGCAGCGAAGGGAAAAGAUAUUUUUGAUAUGGAUGAGAGUGAUUGAGAGUUGUCUUCACAGUUGUUUACUGAUAAUGGGGAUGAGAGGAGGGAUGUUUGAGUAUCAUAUGGAGGUGGAGGGGCAGAGAUGGAUAUUUGCUACUGGCUAUUGAUACUGGAUGGACCGACUGACUGGGUCUUGAGACAUGGAUAUGAUAUGAUACCAGAGUAAUGACUGCAGUGCUGCUUUGGUUGUAGCGGUGAUGGAGGGAUGGAUGGAUGCACAUGCCUGUAUUG